AUGUCGUCUUCCUCGAGCAAUUCUUCCUCAUCCACGUCUUCGCUUGCACUCUUAUUACCACCCGCCAGCACCAAUGAGAACAACUCGCCAUCAUAUCCAACAGACCAGAAGUUCGCGCAAACACCAGCAACAUCCGAGCUCGAGACGCUGACUCGCACCGUCAUCGAUGCCAUCAACGCCCGCUCCUACCAGCCCAUCCAUAAUCUUGUUGCGUCGACGUACAAGGCCGAUCUGGAUGAUAUCUCUCGAUCAGACUCGUACGAUCAGGAUGUGACGCAACUCUGGAACUUGAGUUCGGAUAAUCCAGGCUAUCGUGUGGAAGUAAUGGAGGUCGAGGCUGACGUGGAUGAGAGGGGUGGUUAUGCGAUUGUGUACUGCUUGUUGUCUGUGACUGGCAGACCUGCGAACAUCAGAAGGCAGUCGGUAUCGAUCGUCGAAUGGAUGCGACGAAAUGGCCAGUGGCAGUUUUACAAGGCCACUCUCAUGAGAGGCCUGGACGGCACCGAGAUCGCACACCCGGGAUGCAGGCGUUGCGCGCACAAGAAGCCCAGGCGAAACUCUGCAGUCAACACAACGUGA